CGCCCGGGAGCCGCAGCCGCCGCCGCCGCCGCCGCCGCCGCCGCCGCUCCCGCCGCCCUCCGCGCCGCCGCCGCCGCCGCCGAGUCUGCAGCCGGGAGGAGAUCCCCGCCAUCAUGUCCAUCAAGAAGAUCUGGGCCCGGGAGAUCCUGGACUCCCGUGGGAACCCCACGGUGGAGGUGGAUCUCCACACGGCCAAAGGUCUCUUCCGGGCUGCAGUGCCCAGUGGAGCCUCCACGGGCAUCUAUGAGGCCCUGGAGCUACGGGAUGGGGACAAACAGCGCUACCUGGGCAAAGGCGUCCUGAAGGCUGUGGACCACAUCAACAGCACCAUCGCGCCGGCCCUCAUCAGCUCGGGUAUCUCCGUGGUGGAGCAGGAGAAGCUGGACAACCUGAUGUUGGAGAUGGACGGGACUGAGAACAAAUCCAAGUUCGGGGCCAAUGCCAUCCUGGGGGUGUCCCUAGCCAUAUGUAAGGCGGGCGCGGCCCAGCGGGACUUGCCCCUGUAUCGCCACAUUGCUCAGCUGGCCGGGAACUCGGACCUCAUCCUGCCGGUGCCGGCCUUCAACGUCAUCAACGGAGGCUCGCACGCGGGGAACAAACUGGCCAUGCAGGAGUUUAUGAUUCUCCCGGUGGGCGCCGAGAGCUUCCGGGAUGCCAUGCGGCUCGGCGCGGAGGUCUACCACACGCUGAAGGGGGUCAUCAAAGACAAGUACGGCAAGGAUGCCACCAACGUGGGAGACGAAGGCGGCUUCGCCCCCAACAUCCUGGAGAACAGUGAAGCCCUGGAGCUGGUGAAGGAAGCCAUCGACAAGGCGGGCUACACGGAGAAGAUUGUCAUUGGCAUGGACGUCGCCGCCUCCGAGUUUUACCGCAACGGCAAAUACGACUUGGACUUCAAGUCGCCCGCGGACCCUUCCCGAUACAUCAGUGGGGAUCAGCUGGGAAGCCUUUACCAGGACUUUGUCAGGGACUAUCCUGUGGUCUCCAUCGAGGACCCAUUUGACCAGGAUGACUGGGCUGCCUGGUCCAAGUUCACAGCCAACGUGGGGAUCCAGAUCGUGGGGGACGACCUGACCGUGACCAACCCCAAGAGGAUCGAGCGGGCCGUGGAGGAGAAGGCCUGCAACUGUUUGCUGCUCAAGGUCAACCAGAUUGGCUCGGUCACCGAAGCCAUUCAAGCGUGCAAGCUGGCACAGGAGAAUGGCUGGGGUGUCAUGGUGAGCCACCGCUCCGGGGAGACCGAGGACACCUUCAUCGCUGACCUGGUGGUGGGGCUGUGCACCGGCCAGAUCAAGACUGGCGCCCCCUGCCGUUCGGAGCGUCUGGCAAAGUACAACCAGCUCAUGAGAAUCGAAGAGGAGCUGGGAGAUGAAGCACGCUUCGCGGGGCACAAUUUCCGCAACCCCAGCGUGCUGUGACGCCCCUCCCGGCCUGGAGACUCGGGCCUCUCUGUCCUCCUCCUGGAAGACCCCCGUCCCCUUGCUCUGUGACUGCGCCCCAGACGCCCGGCUGCCCGACCCUACCUACCGCGCUGCCUCUUGGCUUGUCCGGCCCCUGCUCUCUCGUGCUCUCGCUGUGUCUGGGUC